GUUCACUGUGCUUGAUCUAUCAUCAGGACUGGUAUAUACUACUCAUGAUACGGCAAAUAACUCCUUAAGGAACGGAAGGGAGUUGUAUAUGUGAAUCAAGUCUGUUUUAUUUACCAUGGCUAACUUGCGACAUGCUGCGCGAAGCUUGUUUCGGUCUAACAAUGGCGGUCGCGUUGCGCCAGAGUGGAUUGGAUUGCAGUUGUUCAGUCGUCGAAGUCGCACUCCAACAAUACCACCUUCUGAUGUCAUCGGCGAUCUUGAAACACCACCGACUCUUCCGAGGAUGAAAUUAGCAGACACACGAGCACUUUCAAUCUUCCAUUCUCUCGCAAGAACUUCACAACGAGCAACAAAAGCAUGGACUUCGCGCUUCCCCGGUUGGAGAGGCGGGCUUGCCAGUUUCGUCGCACUUGCGUCGUUGGUGCUCAUUAUCAACCUCACUGGACUUAUCUGGGCUGUGACGCACCUGGAUGAUAACCCAUUUGCAACAAUUACAAUGCGCAGCUGUGAUGAGAUAUCGCAAUUGGGGGGUUACUCCAGCCUUGUUAUUAAUGUCUUGAGUACUACCCUACUGGCUGCGUCUAACUAUUGUAUGCAGUGCUUGACUUCGCCUACUCGAGCUGAAGUUGAUGCUGCGCAUGCUGCGGGUAAAUCUUUGCGUAUUGGGGCUCUUAGUUGGAGGAAUGUUUUUCGGUAUAGGAAGAGAAGGAUGGGUUUACUUGUUGCGCUGCUUUUGAGUAGCUUACCACUCUUUUCCAUUUACAACUAUGCUGUUAUACCCCAAAUGGCGCUGCAGCCGGAUUUCUACUAUGUUUGGGUUACCCCUGACUUCCUCAACGGCGCUGGCUUUAAUAUAAGUAGCAAGCUGGACCUCACGAAUGUUGAUUGGUAUUGGAGAUACACGCGGAAUCACACAGUUGAUGAAUAUUUUCAUAAAUUACAAGAUCAGAUUUGGAGGGCAGAAUUGUGGGAGAAUAUGUCGGUGGCUAACUGUAUGCAGAAGUACCAGGUGCCGCCAUCCGAUCUUGGUACUGUUCUACUUGUGACAGAGAAAUUGCCUGAUUUUAGCAUUACUUCUUCAGUCACGAGCAUCGAUGUUACUAAGAAUGUAACACAAAGUCUCCUCAAAAUUGGCUUGGGCAAUUACGGCGAGCCUUAUCCGUGGGAAUGGCAGUACAGGUCUCUUGACGAAUGGCGCCGUAUGAUCCCUGGUUGGAGAACAGUCUACUGCCUCGCCAGAAAGGCUACACCUCGAUGCCGCUUACAGGUCCAUGUAUGGUUCCUGUUAGUCGUGGUGAUCCUGAAUAUCAUCAAGUUAGGUUGCUUACUUCGAACAUUCUGGGAACAGCAGGACGCUCCAUUCAUCAAUAUGGGAGAUGCAAUCGCAUCAUUUCUUCAGCGCCCCUGUCAGUUGACCAAGGGAUCAUGUCUGCUCACACAAAGUGAGCUCACGAAACACCUGCAGCAGGAGGGUGACAAUCUGGAAGAUUCAACGCAGACGAGACCAAGACGAUAUGAGGCAAGAGCCGUUCGCCUCUACUCAUCCAUCAGCUACCUUAGUUGGUCAACCUACAUCAUUGUUGUUAUGUUUGCAUUGCUUGCUGCUGCUUCUGGUUUCAACAAGAUUAUCAUCGUGUAUCGUGACAACAUCAAGCCAAGUCUUAGCAUUUUCUGGAAAUCUGGCUUUGGCAAAUUGAAUUUGUCUUUAGCCGGUGUCCUCCACCCAGAUUGGUGCACCCAAUCUCCCACAUGCAGCGACUUGGGCUUACUGGAAGUCUACAAUAUGUUCGCUGGAUCUCUCCCUCAGAUUGUCGUGGCCUUGGCUUAUUUCCUCCUCAAUGCUUAUUUAACACAAAUUGUGCAGCUGCAGGAGUGGCUACGCUUGGAACAGCGUCGACAGGCUCUCAGAGUCACAACGCCGGAACCCAAUUCGGAACAAACAUCAACGUAUUGGCUCUCUCUUCCUUACAGAUACAGCAUCCCUCAGAUACUAUCUUCAAUGAUGUUGAGCUGGCUAGCUUCUCACACUGUCUUCUUUACACGGUUUAAACUGUAUGUCGAAGAUGGAAAUCAUUAUGACUAUCCUGUUUCACAAACGUCACCAGAUGAGAUCAGAAGAAUAUUUUCCUACACCUACCGCAAUGGGGAGUGGGGUCUCUACUGCAUCGGCUACUCGCCGCUGGGAGUAAUCUGCACUGCCCUCUUUGGCAUUCUCAUAUUCGUGGUUUCGAUUGUCAUAAGUUUGAAGAAGCGCACCUCUGGGUUGCCGCUCGGCCCGUCAAACAGUUUGGUCCUCGCAGCAGCAUGCCACCCGCCAGAGAAUGACCGCUAUGCGGCAAGGAAUCAGAUACAAUGGGGCGCUGUUCAUUCAAGAACAAGAGCGCGGGGAGAACCCUACCACUGCACGAUUUCAAGUCGGAAGGUCGAAGUGCCGGUUGAGGGACGAUUUUACGCAUAGGGGCUUGGACAUUUGUAAGUCAACGCACGCCCUCAGCAUCCCCGCGCCGCCAAUACAAUGAUAUGUAGAGCUCUCUACAAUAAUUUUUCUUACCGAAUUUUCUGGUUUUAAGUACGACUAGG